AUGCGUUCGGAUCGGAGAAGUUCUGGGUCCCUUUAUCCUGCGGAUACUUCUCUGCUUCUGCGGGUGGAAGUUCCUGCUUCAGGCUUUAACGUUUUCUUGAGCUUCGCUGUAAAACCUGGCUUACCCCUGGAGCAAGUGCAGCAGGGGGUCACUGAAGUGAUAGAUGAGUUGGGCUAUCGACUUGGAAGCUUCUUGAACGAGAAAGAUCUGCAGAGCAAUGCGGACAAGUACGAGGUGGCCAAAUUAGAAUGUGAACAGCAGCUUCAGGACUGGCAGUCGAGAUUAUCGGAAGCCACCCUGGCUGUUCUGCGGGCAGACAGAUCCAGGAGUGAGCUCUCAAAGUUGCGAGAAUCUUACUGGCGGGAAGUUCAAAAUUUGCGGCAGCAACUCUAUCGAAAGGAAAGGGCCGAGGAGUCUGGAAAAGACUUCGUCCCAGCUUCUGUCGAUCUCUUCAGCAAAGAGGCCGGAAGUGGGUUCAACGACCUGAUCCUGGAACAGAUGAAUCGCAUGGAGGAUGAACAUCAAGCGGAAAUCGCCAGUUGGAAACAGAAGAACGCCGAGCUUCUGACGAAGAUGAAAUCCAAAGUGCUGGGGAUCGAGUUGGCCACUUGCGACGUGGAUGUGCAGACAGAGAUCGAUGCCAAAGAGGUGAGCUGUGGGACUGAAGUGGUGUCUGUGACGACGAGCCAAAGCUGUGGCUUUGAGGGGGUGAGUUUCAACAAUUUCGUCGAUGUGAUGACUUUCCCCAUCCGAGAUGGGGAGUCUCGUGAUGAGGACUUGUCGCGACAUGUGGGGGCCACGGUGGCCACGGUGUCCGUGGACUCCGAAAUGCAAACUGACUCCGUGUGGCAAGACCUGGAGCUGGAGGACACCCCCAAAGGUCAGACGGGUGAGAUGAAAGUCAGGACCUCCACGGAAAUGACGGACUCAUAUCAGGUGGAAAGUGAUGAAAGUGAUGAGAGUUUGUCCAGUGACGAAGAAAGUUUGGAACGGAAGGAUAACGUCCCGAAUUUCCAGGAGAUCCUUUCGGAGCAAGAUCCGAUUGUCAUGGACGAUGAAACGCGAAGCGAUGUGGAAGGUGUGCCCGUUGAGACCGAGCCAGUGGCGCCCACCUUGCUGGGAGUUUCAUCGCGGACACCAACGUCGCCGCCAGCGAGGUCUUCGGUGACAUCCCCAGAUGAGAAAGACACAAAAGACACGAAAGACACGAAAGACUUUGCAUUGUGUUUGGAAGCUGCUGCUGUGCAAGAGCUGCAGCAGGAGCUUGCCAGUCUCAAGCGUGUCCACUACUUGGGCAUUGCAGAGUGCAAACGGCUCGAGCUGCAUUUCGUCAAAUCUUGGCGGUCCAGCCGGUCAUGCUUUGCAGAUGCCGAAAGAGAUAAGAUGUACAUCAGUACGGAGAGAUUUCGUGUUGGUACCUCCAAUAGCUGGCCAGAGACUGCCUUUCAGAUCCCCCCGCGGCCACCACCGGGGCUCGAGAAAUUUGGGCCAAAGGAAGUAGGCCUCGUACGACGCGAGGCGAAAAUGGAAUCGGACCUUCUCCCCUUCUCCGAUGCCAGCACCACGGAUGCCGAUUCCAUGUCCCGGUGUUCCCGGUGUGUCCAGCUGGAUGAAGCCUCAUCUUCGCCACAAGUCGCGGGCAGUCCAUCCAGGGCUCAAUCCAACGGAGCACCGUGUGCUAUUCAACUGCAACGGAUGUUGCAGGACUCCACACCUGAUUAUCCAUCGAAAGGUUCGGCUGCGCAUCACUUGGGUCUUUGCAAACCCUGCGACUUCAAGUGUCGCUCCUCCUGCCGCUUUGGAUAUGAGUGCAUGUUUUGUCACAUCUGCGGUCCGGCCGAAAGCCGUCAGUGGAAACGUGGCAGGAAGAGUUUUUGGCGCCAGGCUCGUGCAUCGUUGCGCCACACGUUGCCUUCGACCGGGACCCAAGGCGCCAUAGGCUCCAUCGGCUCCAUCUCUGUCACCCUUCCCACAGCCGCGGUCUUGGAAGCAGCUGCGGUUUUCGGAAAAAACACGUUCCGCUUCCAGCCAGAUCCGAACCCAGCCAGAGCCGACUUGGAGACCCCGAAGUUCCGUUGGAGUCGUGGAUUUUUGCAGCAGCUCGAUGGAGAAAAGACACUCUACGAGAUUGCGCAGUUUGCUGGACUCUCUUUAAACGAAUUCGACCAGUGGAGCUGGAAUUUUAUGAAUUUUUGGGAGGCCGUGAAGUUGCCCGAGUUGUGCGUUCCGUUCAGCGUUCCCGUGACGGCCCUUGCCGUCCACAUCACGGAGGUCUUGCCGGAGAGAGCGCGGAUGCUGGCCGUGGAUGCGAAAUUGCCCGUGCAAUGCGUGGUGCACACCAUUCUUGGUGAACAACAUUUCCUGCAGCGGACGCCAGGUCAGCCAAUGCCCGCCGUAGACUCCGGUCACGGCGAUAUGCUGCGUCGGGAGGGCCGAGGAGAACGUCUCUUAGAGGAUGAAGCCCGGCUGUGUACCGGAAGUGUGGCAGCUGUGUUUCCCACGGAUGUCCUUGCGGAGGUCUGUGAAAUUGAUGCAGUGAACCUCCGUCCAGAUGGGCCUGAAGCCUUGCCAGUUGACGAUGAGGAGAAGUCCACCAACCUUCGAAGGUCUUGGACUUCCCCCGAUGACGGAUGGGGAACCCAUCUCAUUCCGUCCGAUUUAGAGAAGAUGCCCAUGGGCAUGCCAGUGACGGUGGGCGAAUUGGCUGACUUCCUGUGCCACGCUUGCAUGCCCCAGGCGUCUGAUCACAUCUUCGACUGGUCGCUUGAGCAGUGGAGAGCACACCGCAUGAAGGCCACACAGGCCCCAGAGACAGAGGUUCAGGAGAAGAAUUCUCAUUUGGACCUGGUGGAAGGGCCCUCCGGCCCCUUGCUGCUUCAUCGAGUACCCAGCGCCCCUCCCAGGCCAAUUCUGUGUGCAGAUGAUCCGGAGGCCACCCUCCUCAAGGCCGUCCAGUUGCUGUUGGCCUACCCCAAAUGCAAUGCGCUGCCUGUGGUGAGCCCUGUUCGUUUGACGGUCAUGGCCUAUCUCACUCUCUCUGCCUGUCUGGCCUUCAUCCUAAAUCGUUUGAGAGGCGAGCAGUUGUUGCCACUUGCACAGAUCAAAGUGGGCGAAGAGGUGCAGGUGGGAACUUGUGCAGACCAGCAGCAGAAGUUCGAAUUUGCCAAAUAUGCGGAGCUGGCGGCGGCACAAGCAGAGGGAAACAGCCCUCCUUGGGUCUUGAGCGAAAGCCAACCGUUGCGAGAGCUGCUGCACUUUUUCGCCAAGACGCAUCACAGCACCAUCCCAGUAGUGGAGGAUUCUAAGGGCAGCUUGGUCUACAAUCUGAGCAGAAGGGACUUGCUGUCCUACCUUGAUUUGGCCAUGCAGUCAGCCAGGUGUCAUUCGCAAGAUCAUGAGGAACGCAUUGUCUUCGAUCCUUCGGCACCUAUUGAGGUUGUUGUGAAGGCGCUGAACAGAUACAAAGUGGAUGACAGUCGAUUAAGAGCGGUUGAGGUGGCCACAUCGAUGCUCCAGGAACAGUCCCUUCUGGAUGGUCUUCUGGCUGAAGCACCACGAGACCCAAAGGGCCAGACGGACAUGCCUGGGGCCACCAUAUCGUAUGACAAGGACAUGAGUAUGAAAGACUUGAUCCUCUGCCUUUUAGAAGCGGACAAUCGGAAAGUCUUUCUGGUUCAGGACUGUGGCGACAAGAUGCCCAAACUCCGGCAAAUCAUUUCCGCGGGUGAUAUCUGGCGUAUGCUCAUCGGCCCAGAGAAAGACGAAUCGGCGAAGGCCAACGACUCCAUCUCGGUGUAG